UAAUAAAUGCGUGCUUACAAUCUGAGGUGGCACAUCUAUCACACCAACUACACCCACCCACAUUCUACCCUUCAUCUCUCUACUUCCCAAUUCACAGAUUUUUCGUUUGAUUAAAGUUCAAUUUCAUUAUACGGACAGGAUUUAAUUAUCGGAGUUUGUGUUAUGUCAAUCGACGGUGGAAGAUUUUACUGGGAUCGAAAUGAGAGUAAUUCGGGUGAAAUAGUCAAAGGAAUAGUGAUAAUCUUUGCUUGGGUUUCAAUUAAGGAAACUGAAUUGAAGAAUUAUGUUAAUCUUUAUGCUUCUCUUGGCUGGAAUUCGCUUAUAUGCCUUGCCGAUUUCGCCACCCUAUACAUACCUGAGAAGGCUACAUCUCUGGCAUAUUCUCUUCUAAGGGAGCUCGUCGAGGAACUAAGAUGUCGCCCUUGUCCAGUUGUUGUUGCAGCUAUAUCUGGUGGUUCUAAGGCCUGCAUGUAUAAGUUUUUUCAGAUUGUUAAAGGGAGAUCCGAAGCUCAAGUUAAUCUGGAGGACAGCCAAUUGGUCAUUAACUGCAUCUCAGGUCAAAUUUAUGAUUCUUGUCCUGUUGAUUUCACUGCAGACUUUGGAACACAAUUUGCUGUGCCUCCCACAAUUCUAAAGUUCCCCGGCUCCACAAAGCUACUGUCUUUGGUUGCGAAAGGUUUUACUUCUGGAUUAGAUGCCUUAUUCAUUACUAGGUUUGGAUCCCAGCGUUCUGAAUAUUGGCGAACUCUUUACUCCUCACUUAGUUUUGGGGCCCCUUUUCUCAUUUUGUGCUCAGAAAAUGAUGAUAUUGCUCCAUAUCAAUCUGUAUGUAAAUUUGCUCACGGCUUGCAAGACAUGGGGGCAGAUGUCAAAAUGAUAAUGUGGAAAAGUUCCUGUCAUGUAGGUCUGUACGAGAGUGAUCCAAUCCAGUACAGCAUUGCUAUAGAUCAACUACUUGCUCAUGCAGUUUCAGUUUUCAUUAGCAGAAUUAAGAAACUAGGAGAGAGGAACGGCUUCGAUGAUAUGCAUGAUGAGAUAUCUCACUUGAUUUGUGACCUCCAAAAUGCAGCAGCUGACUCCAACGGAAGUUUUCAAAGAGUUGCAGGUGGUCCGCAUGAUCACUUUUUCUUGCCAAGUUCAUCCGAGCAUCAAAAUGUUAGUGAUUCGGGCUCUUCCUCUGAGGAAAGAACAGAUCCGUCUAUUUGGCCAAAUCCCAGUUUAAGUGCACACACUGUGCUUGGCCAAAUCCUUUUUGAUGCUUGUGUUCCUAAGAAUAUUGAAGGUUGGGAUUUUAAGUAUACUUCUUCCUUAAAAGGCCAACCAUUUUCCUCAGCACCUAAGCAUUCACCAUUAAAUGCCAUGAAAUACUUCCGCCGUUCACGGUUAUGAGACUAUUUCUUGUGGAACUCACUUUGGCUUUUCGAAUUUCUUCGAAGAUGCACUAUAUGAUUAAUAUCAAAAUUUUACCUCUAUGGUGUAAAAAGUUUAAGAUGAAAUAUUGGGGGUCAAUUUUCAAGGUACAACUAGCUAGAUGAUCUGAUUUGGCUGAGCUGCCUGCAUGAAGUGUACCGGCUGAAUGAGUAACAUAUCCUGUACAGGCUGAAUGAGUAACAUAUCUCCUAUCUUGAUGGGAUAGGCAGAUAUGAUGUGGUGUGCAUGAGAGCUGUUAAUACAUGUGGUUUGGAAAGCAACAUGUACCAUUUGAUUGCUUCUGGGGAUAUGCUGAUACUACACGGGAGCCUUUGCAAGUCGUGAUGUUUUAUAUUGUACAUAACAUGUACAUAAUGUAUCUAUCCUGCCGGAGACUCAUUAGCAUAUGAGAUAAAUCCUGUAGAACUUCGCUGUAUAAUUAUGAACCUGGAUCAGCUAUGUACUUUGGCUGUGUAUAUAUCUUGAAAUUUUGCAGUUUUCAAGUACUCUGUUAUAGGUUGGGAAACCCUUCCCUCUUUUCAAUUAGUUGGUGACUUGUGGAAGGUGCAAAAUGAUAAUACCAAUUGAACGUGUUGCUGUUACCUUACAUCUUUUGAUGGAUGGCAGCAGCUGCAUACCGCCUAUUAAGCUUCCGUCUCAAGUAUGUAAAGAAUCGCCAAGGCAUCUACUGCUGUGGCACUUGGCGGGGUCGAUGAGAAGAUGACUAUUGGUGCGGAUUCAAUUUUGACGAUCAUUUUCCUUUCCCUUUUUUCACAUCCUCUUAUGUAAUUUAAAAGAUAUGCGGAAUCUUUAUCCACACGGUAUGAUCAGAUUUCUAAGGUCUUCAGGCUUCGCGGA